AUGCUGACGCUGCGGGAUAACCAGGAGCAUGACGACCCGCGCGCGAAGCUGUUCAAUGUUUACAUAGACAACGACUUUGGUCGCCUGGACCCGCUCGUCGAUGCGAGUUGCGCAAUGUCCUGCGCUUGCGAGAUAAUCGACUUCCCGGACAUGGACAAAGACAACUUCGGGUAUAUCGCCGUCACCCGCGCCUCGCUGCCGCUCACGUUCCCCGACCCUGUCAAUACGUUCCACCACCCCGUAUCUACGAGUAUCAGACGAUCUGCCCACCAGCGAUUACCUUGA